AAAAAUCGUGUAUAUUUAUAGUUACACUUCACUUGUCAAAUCGGCGGAAAUGCAUAGAAAAUCGGCCUCUCUAUAUACACAAACACGACGCGAUGAUGUUAUUUUAUAAAUAUUAGGCUGGCUAAUUACAGCUUCACUUCGUGGCGUCAGAGUGAUUGGCAAAACGAAAAGGAAAUCGCAACGGUGACAUGCGAUCGCGACAUCACUGUUAGUCACCGUGAUGGAAGUAGAACGAUAUAAUAACGAUCGUAUAUCCGUAUAAUCCGAUGCGACGGAAAUACCGCCGAUUAUCAAGCGAUGAUAUGCCCGUCCCCAGAUACGAUAUACUCGUCGCGGCGGUAAACGUAUAAAUCUCGCGCUUAAUUAGAGCCCGCAACACGUGCAAUAUUAUUUCAUCAGUUUCAUCAAACGUGUCUGCGUUUAGAUGCCAUUAAAGGGUAUCCCCACUAUCAGUGACUAUGCGACAAUUGCACAGUAACUGAAGAUUGACAGUCUUACGUUGUGUAUGCAGCUGCGAUAGUCGGCUAGCGCCCGUUAUCGUAUAUUCUAUGCUAUAGAUACUGCAAGUCGUUUAUUUGCAAGUCGUAUAGUAUAAAUUACUGAGAUAAAGCAAUUUGGCUAACAUUAUUUUCAGCAGUUGUUGAAAAUCCGACAGAUCAAGUUUCAAGGAACUUGUUCAGUGUGACGGACGAAGUGAUCGUGAAAGUUUCGCGCGAAAUAUUCAAACCGCAUAUAUACCUAACGAAAGUCAAUUCUCUUCUUUCUACAUGUACAUUCCACUAUACAAUUCAAAGUUGUUCAGACCUCGUUUAUUUUUCAUUUUAUCCUGUUGUGAUUCAAAUUAACUACUCAGCGACGAACGACUCGAUUUCAAUAAAUUCGACGACAACGGUAUAAAAACUCAUCCAAAUAUUAGAACUGUCGUAAAAAUAAUUCGGACAGGAUAAAACGAUGCGGUUAUCAACAGUGAUUAUACAUUGCUUGGUUUACCUGACGGUCUGCGACGGUUAUCGUUUCCUCGGUGUGUUCCCUUUCCAAGGCAAGAGCCACUUCGUCAUGUUCGAGGCCCUGAUGAAGGGCAUCGCCAGUAAGGGUCAUCAGGUGGAUGUGAUCAGUACAUACCCCCUGAAGAAGCCCUAUCCGAACUAUAACGACAUUGUGAAGCUGCGUCCGUCCAUGCAGCUAGUGAACAACAUGACGUUUGAAAUGAUGCAUCAGAUUAUCUCUGUGAAUAUAGCGCAUGCAGUCGCGACGUUAGGCGGUAAUGAUGUCUGCAAUCACCUGAGCAAACCGGAGAUACUCAACCUGAUACGAAAUCCGCCGAAGGAUCCUCCUUACGAUGCGGUACUCAUAGAGCUGUUCGGCGCCAGUUGCUACGGGAUCAUCGGUUACCUGUGGAACGUGCCCAUCAUCGGGGUCAGCACCACCACACUUUACCCGUGGCUGCACCGGUUGGUCGGGCAGCCCGAGAAUCUCGCCUAUGUGACGAACAAUUGCAUGAACUUCGUCAGCAACAUGAACUUCUGGCAGCGCAUCUCCAACACGCUGUUGUCGUCGUAUUACAAGUGGGUUUUUUACUCAACAACAACGAGUGUGCAGGACAACAUAAUAAGGGAGCACUUCGGCCCGGGCUUGCCAAGCGUGCGAGAACUGGAGAUGCAAGUGGCGUUAAUCCUCGUAAACACUCACAUCUCGCUGAAUGGGAUCAAACCUACGGUACCUGCCAUAGUGGAUGUGGCGGGGCUGCACGUCUACAACGACGACCUGGAGCUGCAACCGGAUAUGGAGAAAUGGAUGAACAACAGCAAACACGGUUUCGUCUACUUCACCUUCGGCUCGAUGAUAAUGAUCGAAUCAUUCCCAGAGCAGUUCCUGAAGGUGCUUUACGCGAGCUUAGGCAAGAUAGCGCCGAUCCGAGUUUUAAUGAAGGUACCGAGCCCAGAGAAACUGCCGCCGAAUUUACCCUCAAACAUUCACACGUUUCGCUGGAUACAGCAAUUAAAAAUAUUGAAGCACCACAACAUCAAGGCCUUCAUCACUCACGGUGGGCUCAUGGGCACGCAGGAAGCGAUAGUCUGCGGCGUUCCCAUGAUCGGCAUACCAUUGUUCGCCGAUCAGUUCGACAACAUCGACAGAUACGUUAGCCGAAACAUCGCCGUAAGAGUGAACAUCGAAGGGAUAACGGAGGAGAUCAUGGACACGGCCUUAAAUGCAGUUAUAUGGGAUCCUCUGUACAGGGAAAGCGCGCGGAAUCUGUCCCGUCGAUUCCUUGAUAGGCCGAUGAACAGCCUCGACACCGCCAUUUAUUGGAUCGAAUAUAUCAUCAAGUACGGCAGCGGCGUAUUGCGAUCGCCCGCGUUGGAAUUGUUUUGGUGGCAAUUGUACCUCGUUGACGUAAUCGGCUUCCUCAUGAUCUGCACAAUUGCUGCGAUCAUUAUCGUCAUCUUUGUCAUGCGUUUCAUCUUGGGCAUGAUUAAUAGGGAAUUUUACAGUUCAAAGCAUUCACAGAAAAUCGACUGACUAAUCAGCUCCGCAGCAAAUACGUUUAAGAAUAAAUAAUUUUCUCAACAGACAUCCAUUUGGAAAAUGUUGCUAGUAAAAUAGACCCAUUAGUCUACGAAGGAGAACAUAAAUCUAGCGAGAUUUUGUGUCGUCGAAGUGAUUUAGUUUAGUUGACGUUUUUCGUGUUUUCUAACAAAUGUUUUAUUAAACGUAACAUUAUUCCGAGACAGAUUACAUGGCGGCUUAAACUUAAAAUCGCGCAGAAGCAUAUAUUGUUAUAUGAUCUUUUCGUUAUAUAUACAUACACAUAUAAAUAUAUAUAUAUAUAUAUAUAUAUAUACAUACAUACACAUAUACAUAUUUAUUAUGUCUGCAUCACCACAGGUAAAUAAAUAUAUUUAUCGCGUCUAAAAUCUAGGGGUUCGUGUGUAAUUCUCCUUUGUUUCUCUUUUUUCUAUUGUUUUUCUUUUAGUUGUCGUCGCACAAUUGUUCCAAGCUGGCUCGCUCUGUAGAGCGUUCUCGCAGAUAACACGGGUAACAAUCGUAAUUUCAAUAUCGGCAAGGUAAUCGUCUGUGUAAUCGCACGUUACAUGUGCGUGCAAGUGACGUAAUGACAAUUAUGUUCAUGACGUAACGAGAGAUAAUUAUA